AUGAAGUUUUCUCUGAAAGAGAGAACCAUUGAUAACGGAUUGUUUACGUCCAGCAUGAACAUCGCCUACGAUCCGGAGGUAAAUGGAUUCGCACCCUUCUCCAGCGAUUCUAAAGAAAAUGCUGUCCAGGCAUCAGUCGAUAUCAAUUUCAACGCUUCAGCAAAAGUGAGGGAAAGUGAAGCCGACGCCAAGGUGAAUGACGAGGCUACCUUUGAAGGUACAGUUAAUGGUCUCGAGGAAGCUGUUAUUGAUUCAUUGAAUGCUGGUGAUCUGAUAAUCCUUGCUGAAAGUGUAACAGAAGUUGAGACUGAUAUUAUCCUCAAUAAUGACACCGUUAGACCUUACGAAGUGUCUGUGACCUUUACAGCUGAUUUUGAGCAGGAAAGGACGUACAAGAUUCCUCUUGAGAAAACAUGUGAGAAUCCGGUUAAACUCGAUCUCGCUGAUGAUUCUUACGAGAUACCGGUGGGCUGCGAUGUAGCCGAGCAAGUUGAUAACUUAGCAGAAACAGCCAAAAACACGAUCAACGAAGCUAUCGCUGAGAGCACAAUUGCUGAGGGGAAAGCUUUGCUGGGAAAAGUCACAAAAUUGGCGACUACAUCAACGCUCAUCAAAGAAGGAAAAGAUGGGCCAACAAUCGUCUUCAACCCUUCUAAUUUUCAGAAAAGCAGAAAUCGAAAGCUAAGUGAAAAGCAAGGAAAAAGGAUAAAUUCACUUUUCGAUCAUUACCAAUGA